GAGCAGAUAUGCAGUUUACACUAGCAUUGGAUGGGAACACAAGUCCUCACCUGGUGAGACGAUCCAGUGAGGGUGGUGGGAGUGAGAGGUCAAUGGAAAGAUUAAAUAUUGGGGUCAUCAAUCAGGAGAAAGCUUUGAGGAAUAGGUGCUUCAAUGGUGGAGUGGCUAGAACCACACAAUGUGUUCUUACCUCUGAUGCUUGUCCUGAAACUCUUCAUUUUCAAACACAUUCCUCCAGAAAAAGUUAUGCUGAUGCAAACCGUGUGUCUGCUGUAAUUUUGGGUGGAGGCACUGGAGCUCAACUCUUUCCUUUGACAAGCUCAAGGGCUACACCUGCUGUCCCUCUUGGAGGAUGUCACAGGCUUAUUGAUAUCCCUAUGAGCAACUGCUUCAAUAGCGGCAUAAAUAAGAUAUUCGUGAUGACCCAAUUCAACUCUGCUUCUCUUAACCGCCAUAUUCAUCGUACAUACCUUGGAGGUGGGAUCACCUUCACUGAUGGAUCUGUACAGGUAUUAGCAGCUUCGCAAAUGCCUGAAGAGCCUGCUGGAUGGUUCCAGGGCACAGCAGAUGCUAUUAGAAAAUUUAUCUGGGUACUUGAGGAUUAUUACAAUCACAAAGAUAUCGAGCACAUUGUAAUCUUGAGUGGCGAUCAGAUUUAUUGGAUGAACUACAUGGAACUUGUACAGAAACAUGUUGACGACAAUGCUGACAUCACUAUAUCAUGUGCUCCUAUUGAUGAGAGCCGAGCUUCUAACUAUGGACUAGUGAAGUUUGAUUAUACUGGGCGUGUACUUCAAUUUUUUGAGAAACCAAAGGGUGAUGAUUUGGAAUCUAUGAGAGUUGAUACCAACUUCCUUAGCUAUGCUAUAGGUGAUACACAGAAAUAUCCCUACAUAGCAUCGAUGGGUGUUUAUGUCUUCAAAAGAUAUACACUUUUAAACCUUUUGAAGUCAAAAUAUUCUCAGUUGCAUGACUUUGGAUCUGAAAUCCUCCCAAGAGCUGUGCUAGAGCAUAAUGUGCAGGCAUAUAUUUUCACGGGCUAUUGGGAGGAUGUUGGAACAAUCAAAUCAUUCUUUGAUGCAAAUUUGGCCCUAACUGAGCAGCCUUCCAAGUUUGAAUUCUAUGAUCCUAAAACACCUUUCUUCACUGCACCCCGGAACUUGCCUCCGACACAACUAGACAAGUGCAAGAUCAAAGAUGCAUUUAUCUCAGAUGGCUGCUUGUUAAGUGAAUGCAACAUCAAACACUCUAUUAUUGGAGUUUGCUCACGCAUUAGCUCCAGAUGUGAACUCAUGGAUACCAUGAUGAUGGGUGCGGAUAUUUAUGAAACUGAAGAAGAAAUUUCAAAGAUACUGUUAGCUGGGAAGGUCCCAAUUGGUAUAGGAGAGAACACAAAGAUAAGGAAUUGCAUCAUCGACAUGAAUGCGAGGAUCGGAAAGAAUGUGGUGAUUGCUAACAAUAAGGGUAUCCAAGAGGCUGAUCACCCGGAAGAGGGGUACUACAUAAGGUCUGGAAUUGUGGUGAUCUUGAAGAAUGCAACCAUUAAGGAUGGGUGGGUCAUAUAGAUGGUGUACACCUACAAAGCAAGAGCUUGCCGUGCUAUUAUAUUGAUGGAUUGUGUAACUAUGGUGUGGAAAGUGCUGGUUGCAAGGAAGUCCUCAAUUGUCCAUGCACAAGAUGCAAAGUGUGGCAUGAUGUUCCUUAGACCCUCGAUACUGCUAGUAUAUACUGUAAUAAGCUGCAUAGGAAGUUGCAACAAACCUUGUAUGAAUCUUUAUAUUUCUAUUACUACCUAGUUUGGAAUUCUAUUAUCUAUCAUCAUAUUACUA